AUGACUGUAUCAAAACUUUUACUCUUUUCUUCCAAACACCGUUCUACCCGAGAAGCUCUCGCCCUUCUUCUUCCUAGGUGCCUUCCCUCCAAUACAAUUCAAUCUGUUAGAUAUACAAAUUCUACAAAACGUGGUAAACCAAGACAUGAUCUUCACCCUGUAUUUCCUGCACAAUCUGAGAAUUCCCGCUCCUGGGGAGCUUAUACUGCGUCAGCUGUUGCUCUAGGAUUUGCCGGGAUUGCAGCUUUUUUUCAUUAUAAUGACGAGAGGAGAGCUGUUCCGAAAGGUUAUGCGGGGGAUAGCCGCAAUAGAAAUGUGGUCAGUGGACCUAUAAUUGGCGGUCCCUUUACACUGGUUAAUAAAGAAAAACAAACAGUUACUGAACGCAAUUUUCUUGGUAAUUGGAUCCUCCUCUACUUUGGUUAUACCUCAUCUCCUGAUAUUGGGCCGGAACAAGUUCACCUUAUGGCGAAGGCAAUUGAUAUCUUAGAAUCACAACAGAAUCUUAAAAUUCUACCUGUAUUUGUUACCAUUGAUCCUCAACGUGAUACUCCCUCACAACUCGGUGCAUACCUGGAAGAGUUCAACUCAAGAAUCAUAGGAUUAACCGGAACAGUUACAGCUAUUAGGAAGAUGGCACAAGAAUAUCGUGUGUAUUUUAAAAAGGUAGAAGAGGAUGGUGCUGAUUAUCUUGUCGACAGUUCCCACAAUAUGUAUUUGUUGAACCCUGACAUGGAGGUUGUGAGAUGCUUUGGAGUCGAGUAUAACGCUGAGCAGUUGACAGAUGCGAUAGGGAAAGAGCUGAACAAAAUGCCCUUGUGA